AACCAAUCCACAACAACAUCUCCAACAACACCAUGAAGCCAACCCUAGUUCUUGCUCUCUCUUUCCUCCUUCCCCUCCUUGCUUUCUUCACCAACCUUCCCUUAGCUUUCUCAGAUGAUGUUGAACAAGUUGUGGACAUACAUGGGAACCCAAUUUUCCCAGGUUUUACAUACUACAUCAUCCCAGCAAUCCGUGGUCCACCUGGUGGUGGAUUGAAACUUGGCCAAACUGGAAACUCAGACUGCCCUCUUACUGUCCUGCAAGAUUACUCAGAAAUCUUCCGUGGCCUCCCUGUGCAAUUCACCAUUCCCGGAAUCAGUCCUGAAAUCAUCUUCACAGGUACCAAACUGGACAUCGAGUUCAAACAGAAGCCAUGGUGUGCAGAAUCCUCCAAGUGGUCAGUGUUCGUGGACGAAUCAAUCCAGAAGGCGUGUGUGGGAAUUGGUGGUGCCGAAGGCCAUCCUGGGCAACAAACUUUUGCUGGCAAAUUUCACAUUGAGAAAUACCAAUUUGGGUACAAGCUUGUGUUCUGCAUCACUGGCUCACCGACUUGCUUGGAUAUUGGGAGAUUUGAUGCACAGAACGGUGAGGGUGGAAGACGCUUGAAUCUCACCGAGCACGAAGCAUUCGAUAUUGUGUUCGUACCAGCUUUUGAAGCUGAUAAAGUCAUUAAGUCCGUAGUUUGAAUCGAAUAUCUCUAGUUAAUCAGAUUUUGGUUAAUGCAAUCAUAUGUUGUUGUUUUGAUUUGCAUUACCUAAUAAAAUCUAGUCCAAAGACUGAAUAAGAUAGUUAAUUACUAA